CGGCGGUGCGCUUCCGGGUGAGAGGUGAGCGGGCGCCCGCCGUCGCCGCCAGCCGCCCCCAUGGCUGCGGGACAGGAGGCCGCGCCGCCCCCCGGCCCGGCGCGCUGGAGCCCCGGCCUCGCCGCCCGCCCGCCGCCCGCAAGCAGCCGCGCCCGCCUCGCCACGCGCCCCUGAGCCCUGUUGCUGCCCACAAAGGCCAUGGAGAAAAGGUUGGGAAUCAAGUUCAGCAUCGGCGCUCGACUUUUAUCACAAUACUGCCUGGGACAACCUGCCAGGCGGCUGAGAAGUCUGCGCCUGUUCUACUUGUGUGCUUGCCUGUGUGCCUUGUGCUCCUCAACAGAUGCAAAUUGGAACAGAUCUAAAUGCCAGCUAAGGAAGAUCUUAUUCGGUUGCCGUUUGAGACUGCGGGAAGAUGGCCAUUUACGGCUUCUGGAAGGAUUUCACACUGUACAGUCCUGUCAGACUGCUUGCUGCCAGAGCCCUGCCUGUGAUGCCUUUUGGUUCUUGGAAAAUAUGUGCAUCCAGGUGAACUGCACUAUGCCUGGCACCUGUCGGGCAAACAGGACUGGCUCUUCUGACUCUGUUUUGGUCUUUUUAAAGAAAUCAAAAAGCACAGAGCACUUCUUAAAGUAUCAAACAGAAGGUGAUGCGAAGACCUGGCUUCACAAGUGGUUGGACUGGGACGUCCCUGUCCAAGGCAAAAAAAGAUUGCGGAGGUCCUUCCAGAAAUGGAACUUGGCAGGUGGCAGAGUGGACCUUCUGAAAAGGGAUGUAGCAGCUCUCCCCAGCGGUGAGACUGCGGCUGGCCAGCCAGCCAGACCUUCAGACUCCAAAUCCAGAAGAAGCCGAAGCGAAACAGAGUGGAAGGAUCAACAAGUACUUAGGUCUUUAGUGCAGGACAGGCCUGUUCCUGAAGACCAUCCAAAUCAAAAGAAAGAAUCACUUAAAAAUGGACAGAAUUCAAGAGAGCAGAAAACCAAAAGCCCAUUCCCUCCCCAAAGCAAUAAUGUGAAUAGAUCAAGUGAUGCAAAUGGCACUGAUGUUCUACUGGUCCACACAGGAACAUCUGCACCAGAACCAUCAGUGUUGGCUACGUUCUCCAGUCCUGUAGUUCUGGGCUUGACAGCUACUGGAAAGACUGAAAAGCCAAGGCAGCCAGAUGAUGCUUUUGUCCAUCCUCACUCCUCAGAUAUGUUGCCCACAGUCAGUGCUGUGCAGGAGAAAACCACAGCGAAGAUGCAGAUUGCUACUUCUGUGCCAAGCGAUGUUCCCACAAAUGGCAGUGUUGCCACAACCCAAACCAACCCUGCUGUAUCACCAAGUACUACUGCCCCAACCCCAGUUGUAAAGGAGCUGGUAGUUUCUGCUGGAGACAGCGUCCAAGUGACCCUGCCGAAGAAUGAAGUUCAACUGAAUGCGUUUGUGCUUCCUGAACCACCACCUCGCACCAGUUACUCCUAUGAGUGGGAACUCAUUACUCAUCCAAAAGACUACAGUGGAGAAAUGGCAGGGAAGCACUCCCAGACCCUUAAGUUAUCUAAGCUUACUGUUGGUCUCUACGAAUUCAAAGUCAUUGUUGAUGGGGAAAACGCACACGGAGAGGGUUAUGUGAAUGUGACAGUGAAUCCAAAGCCUCGGGUGAAUCAGCCCCCUGUUGCCAUUGUGUCCCCGCAGUUCCAGGAGAUCUCACUGCCAACCAUUUCGACUGUUAUUGAUGGCAGCCAAAGCACUGAUGAUGAUAAAAUUGUCAGUUAUCAUUGGGAAGAAUUGAAGGGUCCUUUGCGAGAGGAAAAGGUUUCUACUGAUACUGCCAUAUUGACGCUGACCAACCUCCUGCCUGGGAAUUACACAUUCAGUCUAACGGUAGUGGACUCGGAUGGUGCCAGCAACUCCACCACUGCAAGCCUGACUGUGAACAAAGCAGUGGAUUAUCCUCCAGUGGCAAAUGCAGGCCCAAACCAGGUGAUCACCCUGCCUCAGAACUCCAUCACCCUCUACGGGAACCAGAGCACCGAUGAUCACAGCAUUGUCAGCUAUGAGUGGCUGCUCAGUCCUAACAGCAAAGGAAAGGUGAUGGAGAUGCAGGGGGUGAGGACACCAGUCUUACAGCUCUCUGCAAUGCAAGAAGGUGAUUACACUUACCAGUUAAUAGUGACAGAUUCUGCUGGGCACCAGUCUACUGCAGAGGUCACUGUUAUAGUCCAGCCAGAGAACAAUAAGCCCCCAAAGGCAGAUGCUGGUCCAGAUAAAGAAUUAACUCUUCCUGUGGACAGCACCACUCUAGAUGGCAGCAAGAGCUCAGAUGACCAGAAAAUAGUCUCCUUUCUCUGGGAGAAAACACGGGGCCCAGAUGGUGUCAAGCUGGAGAAUGCCAACAGCAGUGUUGCCACCGUAACAGGCCUUCAAGUUGGAACAUAUGAAUUUACUCUCUCCGUUAAAGAUGAGAGGAACUUGCAGAGCCAAAGCUCAGUCAACGUUAUUGUCAAAGAAGAGAUAAACAAGCCACCUGUUGCAAAGAUUGCUGGAAAUGUUGUCAUCACCCUGCCCACAAACACAGCUGAAUUGGAUGGAUCAAAAUCCUCUGAUGAUAAGGGAAUCAUCAGCUACUUGUGGACCCGGGAUGAGGGGAGCCCUGCAGCUGGGGAAGUCUUAAACAACUCAGACCAUCAUCCCAUCCUUCUCCUCUCCAAUCUGGUGGAAGGAACCUACACAUUCCAUCUCAGAGUAACAGAUGCCAAAGGGGAGAGUGAUGUGGAAAGGACCACGGUGGAAGUCAAACCUGAUCCUAGAAAAAAUAACCUUGUGGAGAUAAUUCUGGAUGUUAAUGUCAGCCAGCUAACUGAGAGGCAGAAGGGUAUGUUCAUCCGGCAAAUAGGCGUUCUGCUGGGGGUCCUCGACUCGGACAUUACUGUACAAAAGAUCCAGCCAUACACUGAACAAAGCACGAAGAUGGUCUUUUUUGUAAAGAACCAGCCUCCCCAUCAGAUAUUCAAAGGACGUGAGGUCGCAUGGACACUCAAAAAUGAACUCCGGAAACAACAGUCAGACUUUCUCAUUUUUCGGGCAUUAGAAAUUAACACAGUCACAUGUCAGUUGAACUGCUCUGAGCAUGGACGCUGUGACUCCUUCACCAAGCGUUGCAUCUGUGACCCGUUCUGGAUGGAGAAUUUCAUCAAGGUGCAGAUGGGGGAUGGCGAAAGCAACUGUGAAUGGAGUGUGCUGUAUGUGAUCAUUGCAUCUUUCGUCAUUGUGGUUGCCUUUGGAAUCUUAUCCUGGAUGGUGAUCUGCUGUUGUAAGAGACGAAAAGUAAAAUCCAAAAGAAAAAGCAAAUACAAGAUUUUGGAUGCAACGGAUCAAGAGAGCCUGGAGUUAAAACCAAAUCCCAAAGCAGGUGGCAGACAGAAAGCCCAGAUCCUCAACACUAGCCUGAUGCACUCGGAGUCUGAGCUGGACAGUGAUGAAGCCAUCUUCACAUGGCCUGACCGGGAAAAAGGGAAACUGCUCCGCAGCCAGAAUGGCUCCUUGCGCAAUGGACAAGUGAUGCUCAAACCCAAGAACCAGAGGGAGGAAAUCCUAUAGCUUCUCCCAGGCGGUUUUUUGCUGGAGCUCUAUGGCAGAGAAGGCUGCUCCUAUCCCUAUUCUAUAAGGGCCUUUGGAGGUCAGUUUGAUUAGGACUGUGCUGCUAACUUGUUUCACAGAAAAUAACUUUGUGGAUUUCUUUCAUUCAGUUAAAACUGGUUGUACUUGAAUUUGAAUGUCAAGGGAAAUCAAAGGGAGGAGAAGGCAACUGUGAACCACAGACUAUUCGUCAGGAAAAAACAGAGCUGGCAUCUGGAAUGCAGCGCAAUUUAACCACUUGGAGCAACUGUGAAUGUACAGGACACUCCUAGCCCACCUCAGACUGCAGCAGAGGAUAACACCCAGGACUUCCAGGUCAUUUGCCUUGGGAGCUCCUUGGAGAAGGAAGGUCAAGGCUGUGCUUUCAGCUGUGCUCUGAGCUCCCUUCAGGCUCCAGUAGCCUUGCAAAGGCUACUCUUGCUGUAGAACAACUCCCCUCUUUUACUCCCACCUUCCCUAAUCAUUUAAGCAUUAUUUUAAUUUAAACUUGUCCUUUCACAUGCACUGGCUGCUUUUGGAGUGUAGAGGAGGGGGAAUCUAAACUCUCUGGUCACACUCCAUCAACUUGCAGUUGGGAGAGGUUUUUGUAGCUGUUCUAAACUACUGUCAGGCUUUUCUCAUUGGGAGUGUCAAUGACACAGUGCCCAUUCAAAUGUGGAAAACUGACCUGUCUGUGCUAAUUCAGUGGGCUAGGAGACCCUCUUCUGCAGCAAGCUCUCCUGCUGGGUACCAGAGCCGGGGAGGGGACACCCACCUUUGGUACCUGCAUCUGAUGGUUGGCUUAAUUCCAAAGCUGUGAGAUGUUGUUCAGUGGCCCCAGCAGUCUCCAUAGGUCCCCAAGCCCUCCAUGAAUCUGGAUGUUACUAGCUGUAUCCUGAUGAUGAAAUGCCAUAGAUUUUUUCUUUUUCUUAAAACUUGCACAACCCAGGGUUGAUAUCUUUGAUUCCCAGCAGCUGGCUGUGUCCCUCUGGCUGGUAGCUUAGUGGCCUCAUGCUGUGGCUGGGUAACCCUGUGUGCUCCUAGCACAGUGCGAAGUGCACACUUAAGGGCCUUUAGCCGGUGGAAAGGGAACUUUCGGGGCCUGUGGGCAUCACCUCAUUAGCGCUGCAGCCAGUGGUGAUGUUUCCCUGCUGCUUAGACUCUGGGAAAGGCCUUUCUAGGAAUCAGGUGUGUGGUGGUCCUUUCCUGUACCUGCUUCUUUAUCUCACUGUGCUGCUUUCAUGAGCCGCACCCCUGUCCUUGGCCAGCAAUCAGCCUCUCACUGGCAUGAAGGAUGCACUGCUCCUCCAGGGAUGGGCGGGCAGCUUAUUGCCUUUCUUUGUGUUAAUUUAUUAAAACUGGAAACCCGUUUCAUUGGCUUUGGGGGGGAUAUGAAAGCCAGAAGGCUUUAACUUCCUUGGUUGUAUUUAUAUUGCUGCACUACUGAUUUGUGUUGAGCUAGAUGAAGAUUAAACACUAUUGAGAGUGAGGGAGUGUUUCCUCACUGAAUGUAGUCGUGGCUGCUGCUAACUUUAUUUUUCCGGGCAAUCAGCUGUCUUCCCCCGGCACCAGCACUGGAGCCUGUGUCAUCCUCGGUGAGUACCACGGCGUUAGUCUUGUGCCCCGUCGACUGCGCCAGGCCCGGGACUUGCCUCCCGCUCCGCUGCGGCACGGCGCAGGCCGCCCUCCGGCUCGCUUGUGGUUGGCGCUCCGAGCUGGGCUUCCCCGGCCGGGGCUGCUCCUCCUGCACUUUCUUCCUCCCAACUCUUCCUUCCCCCAAGCCCGCCUCGGACCACACACGGGGAUGGCGUGACACCAGGAUGCUCCAGUUACCAUGCCUUAAAGGGGCACAGCCAAGUGCUUGUCUGAAACUAUUGUUGCGAGCUGUACGCGUGGCCAGACGCUUAACUCUAGAGUGACUCCACCCUCUGAAGUGUUUCCCUUCCUUUGGAUGCGAGAUAACAAACUAAAAGAAAAUGAGAUUUGAAGCUGCAGGGAUUAACCAGACUUGGGCCUGGGCCUGUGCCUGUGCCUGACGUUAUUUUACAUUGUCAGAGGAGCCAUGUUGUACUCUUUAGCUGUUCCUUGUUCUUGGGGCAUACGCUUCUUUGAGCCUUUUGCUGGUGUCCGGCCUGGGGAAGCCCUCUCUGCAGUGAAUCAGGGCUGUUUGCAGUGGUUGAGCUCUCGGGCAUUCUUUGCUGCAGAGAUCAGUACCCUCACAGGAGACGCACAGGGCGCUUUUAAGCUAGUCCUGGCUUCCUGUUACGGAAAAGGGAAGAAUUAAAAUCGGUGCAGCUAUUAUGUGACAACACCUUUGCUUAGCUGGGGUUAUUUUCUUCCUCCUUGUGUUUCACUGCGGGAAACGAAAGCACUUGAACGUAAAUGUUUGUCAGCUGACAGCACCGCGGGCGGGCGGGCGGCCGGCAGAAGCGGUGUGUCCUGCCUCUGGGUGGAAGCUGGGUUUCGCAGUCGGCCGUGGCGUUCCCUGCGCCCGGCGCUGAGCCGCUCCCUUAGGACAGCGUCCUCGCUCGUUAGUCCUUUGUCACCCCGUGGUGCAGGUCUGUGACGGAGCACAGUGCCAGGCUCCCCGUCGGAGGUCUGCUUUCCCAUUAAUAUUCCCUGGCUGUGCAGCGUCUCGCGUGGAGCUGCCACCCCUGCCCGGAUCCCUCUCCCGCACUUCGCUGUUAACCCGCGGUGCCCCUGAGCUGUCACCCGCGCGGGGGCUGCGAAGAAGAGGUGCACGGCAGCCGCGCUCCGCACCGGGAGUCGGGUCGGAAGGGAUGUGAAGCCGAAGGGCAGGAGGAUCCCUCGCACGCCGACGGCAACCGCUUCUGGCCCCGCGCAGGAGCCUCGUAACACUGGCGAUGGGGGCAGCUCUCUUAACACAGACCUGCUGCCAAGGGGGGUGUGUAGAACAAAUGCGUUAUUUUAAAACCCUUUACCACCCUCUCCUCCUCCCCCUUAGCGUCGCGAACAUCAUUGCUUGUUCGUUACCCGAGUACCAGGAGCCUAGUUUGACCUUGCGCGGGGAAGUUUCUGCAUUGCUAUGCAUUAGGAUUGCACAAUUAGAGACACUGGCUACAAGUUACCCAUGUGUGGAAGUUAAGAGCUGAGACAUCUGUUAGAUGAGCUGUCAGCUUAACUUGACUUUGUUUUCUUCUUUAACAUAACUGUACUCUGAACACUUUUUAACAUGUUGAGGGCAAUUGUCAUAAUCUAGUUUUAAAAUAAGUUUGCUCUUAAAUCUUUUCUUCAUUCUUCUGUAUACCGGGGGCUGCCCAGCCUGUCCGAGCUUCGGUUUAACAAUGUUUGUUGAUUGUAGUGUUACUUGGAUCAAGACUGAAAGUAAAUUUUUUUUAAACAAAUGUUUCUUGCAAAUAAACAGGGAAGAUGUUUUGCUGCUGCUCA